AUGCCUAUCAUCAGCCCCUUCCAGUUCCAGGGGAAGUGGUAUACCCUAGGUUGGGCAGAGAAUAGUGUUUGGAAUGAAAGCCAAAGCCAACCAACCUUGCACAGCACCACCUAUGAGCUGAAAGAUGACCACAGCUACAAUGUCACCUCCACCUGGCUCAGUUCCACGGUCUGUGAACACCGGAUCAGAACAUUUGUCCUACGUGACCACGAUCGGCCCGGCCAGUACACUGUAGCCAAUAUAAAACGUUACCGUGGACUCCAGAGUUACACCAUGAGAGUGGCAGCCACAGACUAUAAUACAUCUGCCUUGGUGUUCUUCAAGAUGAUUUUCAAGAACAAUGUAUCCUUUGAGACCACACUCUAUGGGAGAACCAAAGAGCUGAGUCCUGAACUGAAGGAGCGCUUUGUCAACUUUGCCAAGUCUCUGGGCUUCACUGAAGAUAACAUCAUCUUCACAGACCCUACUGGGAGCGGACCUCACCCCACAUACCAGCCUCCUGGUUUCAGUGGGUCCCACAGAGGUGACAGCUUCUCGGAACCCAAGCUGCUGACCAACAGCCAGGGAGAGGGGAAAGAGGCAAGUAUCCUGCCACGUGAUUCUGAGGCGUUUUUGGCAAUUGACUCACCCACCUGGAUUUAG